CGGGACAGUGGGGGUCCCAAACCAGUGAUGGUGUAUAUCCAUGGUGGCUCAUAUAUGGAAGGUACUGGAAAUUUAUAUGAUGGGAGUGUCUUGGCAAGUUAUGGCAAUGUGAUCGUCAUCACAGUCAACUAUCGACUUGGGGUACUUGGUUUCUUAAGCACAGGGGAUCAGGCUGCAAAAGGAAACUAUGGACUCCUUGACCUCAUACAGGCUUUAAGAUGGACAAGUGAGAACAUUGGAUUCUUUGGUGGUGACCCCUUAAGAAUCACUGUUUUUGGAUCUGGCGCCGGGGGUUCAUGUGUCAAUCUGCUGACUUUAUCCCAUUAUUCUGAAGGUAACCGUUGGAGCAAUUCAACCAAAGGACUGUUUCAGCGAGCAAUAGCUCAAAGUGGAACAGCCCUUUCCAGCUGGGCUGUUAGUUUCCAACCUGCAAAAUAUGCUAGAAUGUUGGCCACAAAAGUUGGUUGCAAUGUUUCAGAUACAGUAGAGUUAGUGGAAUGCCUACAGAAGAAGCCUUACAAAGAACUUGUUGACCAAGAUAUUCAACCAGCACGAUACCACAUAGCCUUUGGACCUGUGAUUGAUGGUGAUGUAAUACCAGAUGACCCUCAAAUAUUGAUGGAGCAAGGAGAGUUUCUCAACUAUGAUAUAAUGUUAGGAGUUAACCAAGGGGAAGGGUUAAAAUUUGUUGAAAAUAUAGUAGAUAGUGAUGAUGGCAUAUCAGCUAGUGAUUUUGACUUUGCUGUUUCCAAUUUUGUUGAUAAUUUAUAUGGAUAUCCUGAAGGCAAAGAUGUUUUGAGAGAAACCAUUAAAUUCAUGUAUACUGACUGGGCUGACCGUCAUAACCCUGAAACCAGAAGGAAGACAUUAUUGGCCUUGUUUACAGACCAUCAGUGGGUGGCACCAGCUGUAGCUACAGCAGAUCUUCACUCAAAUUUUGGUUCACCUACAUAUUUCUAUGCCUUUUACCAUCAUUGCCAAACAGAUCAGGUUCCAGCUUGGGCUGAUGCAGCUCAUGGAGAUGAAGUUCCCUACGUACUAGGAAUCCCCAUGAUUGGACCUACAGAGUUAUUUCCUUGCAAUUUCUCCAAAAAUGAUGUGAUGCUGAGUGCAGUUGUAAUGACAUACUGGACAAAUUUUGCUAAAACUGGUGACCCAAAUCAACCAGUCCCUCAAGACACAAAAUUCAUCCAUACCAAACCCAACCGCUUUGAAGAAGUAGCAUGGACCAGAUAUUCCCAGAAAGAUCAACUUUAUCUCCAUAUUGGAUUAAAACCAAGAGUUAAAGAGCAUUAUAGAGCCAAUAAGGUGAACCUCUGGUUGGAGCUGGUACCUCAUCUGCAUAAUCUUAAUGACAUUUCUCAGUAUACCUCGACAACAACUAAAGUGCCAUCAACGGACAUCACCUUCAGACCUACAAGAAAGAAUUCUGUACCUGUCACAUCAGCAUUUCCCACUGCCAAGCAGGAUGAUCCCAAACAACAACCAAGUCCAUUUUCAGUGGAUCAAAGGGACUACUCCACAGAGCUGAGCGUCACUAUUGCAGUUGGAGCAUCACUGCUGUUUCUGAACAUCCUUGCCUUUGCAGCCCUGUACUACAAAAAAGAUAAGAGGAGACAUGAUGUUCACAGGAGAUGCAGCCCUCAGCGCACUACGACCAACGAUCUGACCCACGCACAAGAAGAGGAGAUCAUGUCCCUCCAAAUGAAGCACACUGAUUUGGAUCAUGAAUGUGAGUCCAUCCAUCCACAUGAGGUGGUUCUUCGGACCGCCUGCCCCCCAGAUUACACACUAGCUAUGAGGAGGUCACCUGAUGAUGUUCCCUUAAUGACACCCAACACCAUUACAAUGAUUCCCAACACUAUACCAGGGAUUCAGCCCUUACACACAUUCAAUACAUUUACUGGAGGACAGAACAAUACUCUGCCCCAUCCCCAUCCCCACCCCCAUUCACAUUCAACGACCAGGGUAUAGCCAGAUAAGAGAAACAAACUCUAUUUUUUUGAUGGAUUGCAGUAAAAGAUUACUGAAGAUUCCUUGGCUUUCAACCUACAAGACUCUUACUAUUUAAAUAAGGAGGAAUAUUAUGUGAAUAUACAUAUCAAGAACUUUGGGGGUUUUGAAAAAAUUAAAUUGUACAUAUAUACACAAAUCAACUUUAAAAAUGAAUUUCAAUUGCUUGAAGCAAUUGUUCUGAAUGAUACUUUUUCAUUCAUAUUCAAGAAUUAAUUUUUUGAAGAUUUAUGUUACAUAAUGGAAUUAGGCAUGUGGAACACCAAACAGGAAAGAACUAUGUCUGAAAUAUAAAAAAUAAAAAUAAAAAACAACCAUGAAUAUGCACAAGGGACACACCAAUGGAAUGUCAGAUAAUUUUCACCAGUUUUUAUUUGGAGCCGUUUUAUUGUGUAGACCAUAUUUACAUAUUUGGAUAAGUACACAAAGCACCAGUGCUGUUAAUGGCCUUAGCGGAGGCUCAUGCUGAAAUUUGCCAGUAAGACAAAGAAGUUUAAAGACUGGCAGGUACAACAUUAUCACAUAAGUGCUGUCAGUAUAAAGUUGUGGGGAUCAAGGAAACUGGAUAUUUUUAGCACGAUGUGCAUGAUAAUUUAUAUGCUUGGUGGCUGUGCUGCUGAUUAAGCCGUAAUUAAAAUUCUUCUCAUCCCAUUGGAGUCUUUAAUAGAAGCUUCCUCUAUCAAUUGGCAGGACCUAAGGCAGAUUUUAAGGGGCAAAAGUAAUUAGAAGUAAAUAAUUCACAGUAGUUUUGAUAAUAGGAAGAAUUAGUUAUUAAAGGUAUUUGAAGAAACUAUAGGUAUAGUGGUGAAUACUCGCUGAUAUGAAUCCCAGGAAAAAAAAAAUUCCUGUGUUUUUAAUGUUCUUUUCAUUCCAAUCUAAAUAAUUUAUAGAAAUACAGCCCUAACUGGACAUGUGUUACAGGAUCUAUAAUUUUCUGUGGUUUUUGUUAUUCUGUAUUUUGUUCCUUUUGGUAAGGUGAAGUGUGUCCAAAGAGUUACUUGCAACAGUCUUUUAUGAUAUGAGGAUGCCCCAAAUUACCACUCUGAUUACACUUCUCAGUUAAUUGAUUUACUCAUGUUGCAUGACAAAAUGUUUACUACAAAUAAUUCAAUAUACAGUUAUGUCCCUCCUCAUAUCACUUAUCUUUCUCACUGAGGUUCAUCCACUGGAAUUUACUCAUGCAAUCUCAGUAGAGUACAACAUAGAUGCAGAACCUAGAACAAGAGUCAACACCCGGAGGAUUUUAGUCUUACACGAACGUGUGAUUUUAAGUGAUACUUUAAGACCACAGGAAACUCUUCAUUCCCUGUUGUUUACCAGUAACAGUAUGUCACAGACCUUUCCAAAUGUUUGUAUAUGUAAUCAGAUGUACAUUUAUAUUAAAAAAAAAUUGAGAUGGACUUAAAGAGCACAUCCUGAUAAAUACUUUCUCUCUUACCUGUACUAUAUUUCUAUUAGACUAAAGUUAUGUGAUUUUUUUUUACAUUUUUUCAGAUGACUAGCAAUUUUGAUAGUUUGUAAGAUAAUGCAAAGAACUUUCUCUGACAAACUAACUGCAGUAACAGAAACCUUUCUUUUCAGUUACUCUUUUUCAAGAAUGAAAGCUUAUUAUACAAAAAAAAAUUGUAUACUACUUGAUGGAAACAACUUUGUACAUCUUGGCCAUGUCACUGGUCAUUGCGUGAAAUAAAGAUAAUCUGGAUAAUGACUAUUAGUCCAAUGCUAAGAGACAUGAUCUUUGCUCAUUAAAGAGCUAAAAUGUU